AACAGGGUAUUUUAAAUGGAGCUAAAGCUCUGAAUGCUUCUUUUAUUUCUUGUGUGUGUGAUGAUGUUUCCACAGCAUGCUGUAAUGUUGAGUCACUUUCAGUUUUACUUUCACUUUCACAGCUCGUCGUGUCGCCGCUUCGUCUCUGCGUAAAGCAGGUUAUUGUGUCUGUGAGGACAUGUGGGCUCUGCCAUGAGUCACUCGGAGGAGGGAGUCUCUCCCUCUGAAACCACUCUGUUUGGAGAACGUGACACAAGGGCCAAAGUUCAGAGCCCUCAACCUGAACCCAGCUGUGUGUCCGUGAGGAGUAAUAGUUCAAUGGAGCAUCCUCUUCUUUUUAAACGAGCUGCUGAUGGAAGAAUUAGCCCGAAGCAGAAGCGCACAUCAGGCACUCCUCGACCCGAACCUGAACCCAGCUGUGUGUCCAUGAGGAGUAAUAGUUCAAUGGAGCAUCCUCUCCUUUUUAAACGAGCUGCUGAUGGAAGCCUGGAGCAGCAACGCGCAUCAGACACUCCUGGACUUGGACCUGAACCCAGUUGUGUGUCUAUGAAGAGCGAUGCUUCAAUGGACCCUCUGGCUGUUUUUAGACAAUCCACUGAUGAAAGCCUGAAGCGGAAGCGCACAUCAGACACUUCUGGGCUCGAACCUGAACCCAGCUGUGUGUCCAUGAUGAGUUAUAGGUCAAUGGAGCAUCCUCUUCUUUUUAAACGAGCUGAUGAUGGAAGCUCUCAACCUCAAGCUGAACCCAGCUGUGUGUCCAUGAGGAGUAAUAAUUCAAUGGAGUUUCCGCUUCUUUUUAAACAAUCUGCUGAUGGAAGAGUCCACCAGGAGAGCCCAGAGGUUCCCAAUGGUGGAUCUGCACAGCAGCAAGAGACACACCUGGACUCCAUAUUUAAGAUGCUGGAGGAGAACAUUGUCACAUUUGUGAAGAACGAGCUGAAGAAGAUCCAAAAGGUCCUGAGUUCAGAAAAGAGUCAGGGGGAGGAUGAAGAGGUGUUGGAUGUUAAGGAGGAGGAGCAGAUGAGGAGCAGCAGAGAGGCAUUUCUGAAGAUCACGCUGCAGUUCCUGAGGAGAAUGAAGCAGGAGGAGCUGGCCGACUGUCUGCAGAGCAGAUUUCCUGUUCAAGAUUGCUUUCAGCAUAAACUUAAAUCUUUGCUGAAGGAGAAGCUCCACUGUGUGUUUGAGGGUGUUGCCAAAGCAGGAAACCCAACCCCUCUGAACCAGAUCUACACCGAGCUCUACAUCACAGAGGCAGGGACUGGAUGGGUCAAUAAAGAACAUGAGGUCAGACAGAUCGAAGCAGCAUCCAGGAAACCAGACAGACCAGAAACAAAAAUCAGACAUGAAGACAUCUUUAAAUCCUCACCUGGAGGAGUUCAACCAAUCAGAACGGUGAUGACAAAGGGAGUGGCUGGAAUUGGCAAAACAGUCUUGACACAGAAGUUCACUCUGGACUGGGCUGAAGGCACAGCCAACCAGGGCAUACAGCUCACAUUUCCAUUCACUUUCAGAGAGCUGAAUGUGCUGAAAGAGAAAAAGUUCAGCUUGGUGGAACUUGUUAAUCACUUCUUUAGUGAAACCAAAGGAGCAGGAAUCUGCAGGUUUGAAGACUUUAAGGUCGUGUUCAUCUUUGACGGUCUGGACGAGUGUCGACUUCCUCUGGACUUCCACAACACUAAGAUCCUGACUGAUGUUACAGAGUCCACCUCAGUGGAUGUGCUGUUGACAAACCUCAUCAAGGGGACACUGCUUCCCUCUGCUCGCCUAUGGAUAACCACGCGACCUGCCGCAGCCAAUCUGAUCCCUCCUGAAUGUGUUGGCAUGGUGACGGAGGUCAGGGGGUUCACUGACCCACAGAAGGAGGAGUACUUCAGGAAGAGAUUCAAAGAUGAGGAGGAUGAGGAGGCCAGCAGAAUCAUCUCCCACAUCAAGACAUCACGAAGCCUCCACAUCAUGUGCCACAUCCCAGUCUUCUGCUGGAUCACUGCUACAGUUCUGGAGGAUGUGUUGAAAACCAGCGAGGGAGGAGAGCUGCCCAAGACCCUGACUGAGAUGUACAUCCAUUACCUGGUGGUCCAGUCCAAACUGAAGAACGUUAGGUAUGAUGGAGGAGCUGAGACAGAUGCACACUGGAAUCUAAAGACCAGGAAGAUGAUCGAGUCUCUGGCAAAGCUGGCUUUUGAGCAGCUGCAGAAUAACAACCUGAUCUUCUAUGAAUCAGACCUGAUAGAAUGUGGAAUCGAUAUCAGAGAAGCCUCAGUGUACUCUGGAGUGUUCACACAGAUCUUUAAAGAGGAGAGAGGACUGUACCAGGAGAAAGUCUUCUGCUUUGUCCAUCUCACCGUCCAGGAGUUUCUGGCUGCUCUUCAUGUCCAUCUAACAUUCAUCAACUUUGCAGUCAAUCUGCUGUCAAAAUCAAAAACAGCCUCUGAGAAGACUGAAACACAAAGAGAUGAAUCUGCACUGACGCACUUCUAUCAGAGUGCCGUGGACGAGGCCUUACAGAGUUCAAACGGACACCUGGACUUGUUCCUCCGCUUUCUCCUUGGACUUUCACUGCAGGCCAAUCAGAUUCUCCUACGAGGCCUGCUGACACAAACUCACAGUGCCUCACAGACAAAUCAGGAAACAGUCCAGUACAUCAAGACAAAGCUCAGUGAGGACCUCUCUCCAGAGAAAAGCAUCAAUCUGCUCCACUGUCUGAAUGAACUUAACGAUGGUUCUCUAGUGGAGGAGAUCCAGCAGUACCUGAGAUCAGGAAGUCUCUCCACAGAUAAACUGUCUCCUGCUCAGUGGUCAGCUCUGGUCUUCAUCUUACUGUCAUCAGAAAAAAAUCUGGACGUGUUUGACCUGAAGAAAUACUCCGAUUCAGAGGAGGCUCUUCUGAAGCUGCUGCCAGUGGUCAAAGCCUCCAACAAAGCUCUACUGAGUGGCUGUAACCUCUCAGAGAAAAGCUGUGAGGCUCUGUCCGAAGUUCUCAGCUCCCAGUCCACCAGUCUAAGAGAACUGGACCUGAGUAACAACAACCUGCAGGAUUCAGGAGUCAAGUGGCUGUCUACUGGACUGAAGAGUCCACACUGUACGCUGGAAACUCUCAGGCUGUCAGGCUGUCUGAUCACAGAGGAUGGAUGUGCUUCCCUAGCCUCAGCUCUAAGAUCCAACCCAUCCCAUCUGAAAGAGCUGGACCUGAGCUACAACAACCCCGGAGAGUCAGGAGUGAAGCUCCUGUCUGCUGGACGAGAGGAUCCACGCUGGAAACUGAAGACUCUCAGGGUGGAGCCUGGUGGAGUCAGGUGGUUGAGGCCAGCUCUGAGGAAGUAUUCGCGCGAGCUCAUACUCGACCCAAACACAAUAAACAGAAAGAUCGCGCUGUCGGACAACAACAGGAAGAUGUCACACGUGGACGAGGAUCAGCCGUAUCCUGAUCAUCCCGACAGAUUCGACUACUGGCCUCAGCUGUUGUGCAGUGAUGGUCUGACCAGGCGCUCGUACUGGGAGGUCGAGUGGAGUGGAAGACUCCACAUAGCGGUGACUUACAGAGGGAUCAACAGGAAAGGAAACGGAUACGACUGUCUGUUUGGAAGGAACGAUCAGUCCUGGAGUCUGGUCUGCUCCGAUACUAUCGGUUACUCUGUGUGGCACGACAACAAAGCGACAUACAUCACCUCCUCCUCCGCCUCCGGCUCUGACAGGGUAGCAGUGUAUGUGGACUGUCCUGCUGGCACUCUGUCCUUCUACAGAGUCUGCUCUGACACACUGAUCCACCUGCACACUUUUGACACCACAUUCACCGAACCUAUUUAUCCUGGGUUUAGGUUCUGGUCUGACAGGCCUGGGUCCACAGUGUGUCUGUGCUCUCUCGAAGAGGGAGAGUCUCCUCUCCUGAUGUAAGCACCAACCUGAUCCAACCAGCUGGAAUAGAUGAGGUAAAUGAGGCUAAGGGCGCUGCUUGAGCACUGGCUUGCCUCCACUGCAGUCCAAACUUUGUACAACUCAAAAUAACUGAAGGCUGCAGGAGCCAAUGAACUGUCAGGAGAUACUAAAACAUGCAUAAAUGUUACGACUUUUGCAUUCAGUCUUUGUAUUUUAUUUGAAGUUCUUUUAUCAGUAUUUAUUUAUUUAAUAUCCUAAUGUCAUGUUCUCAGUGGUGGAAUAUAUCUACGUUCAUUUACUGAAGCACUGUACUUAAGUACAACUUUUAGUUACUCGUGCUUGCUUUGAGUAUUUCCAACAUGUGACUUUCUCCUUCUACUCCAACACAACUCAAACAUUGUACUUUGUACUCUGUAUAUGUUACAUUUAUCUGUCAGCUUAAUAUACGAGCUUCUUUUCAUAUGUGUCGAUUGUGAAUUUAUUUUAUUUAGCGUUUAUUUCUUUUGGUACGGUAACUAUUUAAAAACCCUCUUGGAUAAAGUUGAAAAUGUUUUUGGGAGCUCAUGAAAAGUUGACUUUUCAGAGACGUGUGGUUCUCACAAGCGAUCUAUAAUCAGAUGAGUGUUUUAUAUUAGGUGCACCAGGGUCAGUCAGAUUUCUGUCUUCAGCUGGAUUUUCUGUACAAUGUUUUAUAUAAAAGUUCAUAUUAAAGGUGUUUCAGUGCUAAAAGCA